GCUUACACAUGCUCGCGAUAAAGAUAUUGGAUAUAGGAUAAAAAUGCUCGUAGCCUAAAUGUCUGCGUUACUUUGUCACGCAUUUUGAAGACCUCAACAAAGCACAAUUCCCGCUAUCAUUGGAAAAGAUUUUGCAGAAAUUUGGCUGCAUCAGUCAUCCAGUUUCUGUCAGUGUGAUUAAAAUGUCCCAUGUUUUGCGUAAUGUGCAGUUCUCCCAUCAUUUGAAUUCAUUCAGACGUUAUCUCAAACCCUUAUUUCUGAACCACUCAAUAAGAAAGUUUAAUGAAAACUCCACCCCUGCUUCCAAAACAGUAAACGUUCGAUUUGUUGAUCGAAAUGGUAACAUCAGACAUCUUGAAGGAGAAGUUGGAGACAAUUUAAUGGUACUGGCCCGCCGGCAUAAUAUUGAAAUAGAGGGAGCUUGUGAGGGUUCUCUGGCAUGUUCCACUUGCCAUGUCUAUAUUGAUCAAAAAUUUUAUGAUCUGCUCCCACCUGCUUCUGAGGGGGAAGAAGAUAUGUUAGAUUUAGCUGUUUUCCUACAAGAAAACUCUAGGUUAUCCUGCCAAAUAAUGCUGACCAAACAACUAAAUGGAAUGACAAUCACUUUGCCAAAGGCUACACGAAAUUUCUAUGUUGAUGGACAUAUUCCACAACCUCAUUAGUUAUCAUCAUCUUAAGAUAACCUUAUGUAUAUUGUAUAUAAUAGUAAUAUCAGAAAAAUUAAAUAAAAGAAACAUUAUUUUCUGAA